UGAAUAACAUAAUUUCAUUAGUUAAAUGGAUCUGGUUGGCUCAGGAUGUGAGAGAUCUUGAGUUCGAUCCCCAGCGGCGCCGUUUGUGUGUUCACGGAGGCAUGCCUGAGUGCCGGGGACGAAGUCUCACGUGUUGUGUCUUGUAUAGGUGCUCCCCAGGUUUAGUAGAUCACGCUGUCACAAAGUGGCAUGUGGGGUUGAGAUUCAUGGGUCAUAAAAAAAAUUAUUAACUAAAUGUUGAUAUCACAAAGUAUAAAAUGAGAUUAGUUAAUAUUGAACACUUAACUUUUAUUAUUAUUAUUAUUAUUAUUAUUAUUUUAAUAUUGAUAUUAAUCACAUGUAUCAUGUAUGGCAUAGAAUAUAUCAAAUACGAGUCAAGAUUUUACUAAGCGAGUUAAUUCGAACUGGAUUCGGCUCGUCAAACUGGGAUAAAACUCGACUCGGCUCAUUUGCCGCGGUAAGCACAGCUGGGUAGGGAGACUGGUGGGCAGGGGUGAACAAACACACUCGCAAACCGACCCACCCGUCCAAUCCGACCCAACCCACCCGUAUUUAUCGCUAAAACGAAGGUUUUGUGUUGGGUGAGGGUUUUCUUUUGUACAACCCGCCUCUUUUGGGUUGGGUUUGGAUUUUGGAUUACACAACCCGUAGAACCUGAUCCAACCCGUGUUCCAACUAUUAGUAUGAGUUCGUAUCUAAAAAUAUUUAUGUCGUAUAUAGUCAUACUUAUGAGAAAAUUAAGAUAUUUCGCCAUGUUUUCCUAUCAUGGUCUCCCUAAUCUAAUGCAUUCUUCGACUUGAAGUUUAGACAUAAAUUAAAUAUAGUUAUGAUUCACUUAAUCUUUUUUUUUUUGUACAAUUUUAAUAGAAUAAUAUAUUAUGGAUGCGUUUGUUUAUAACCUUUUUAGCCUAUUUCAACAAAUAUCGUGAAAAAAACUAGACAUAUGUUGAAGUAAAUCACAUUUUAUUAAAAUUCAAAUAACAUUUGUGAAUUUUGAUACCUUUCACCUCGGUUUAUUCGUUUGAAAUUUUAAUUAGUUAUAAAAUAUUUUUAUGAUGUAUAAUAAUUAUAUAUUAUAUGUUGGGUUGGGUUGGGUUGGGUUUUUACUUAAAAAUAUAGCGAACCCGAUCCAACACAAUUAGAAACAAACCGUAGGGUUUAAAUAUUUUUGGGUGGGUUGGGUUUGAUAAUUCUCAAACCGUAGUGUAUGAGUCGGGAUUAAAAUGAUUAAACCCGGACCAACCAACUCAUGUACACCCAUAGUGGUGGGGUGGGGGUUAGUUUAAGAACAAGAAUUUACAUACACCGUUCUGUGCUGGUGGCCCCACAUCUCCAACGGCUACGUGCGCGUCACCUUUGUUAAGUUAACGCCGUUUAAUGCUUCCUUACAGCAGGACCCUGACUCUUUCAUUUUGCCAAUUCUUUAUGGCAUUGAUGAUUAAAAAAAAAUUGAAUAUUUUAUUUUCACGAGAUUGUUUUUAGUUUUACUCACUCUUCCUUCUCGUAGACUGUACUUGUAGACCGUUGUAAGUUGGGAUCAUUUCAAAAUAUUUAUGUGCGGGCGCGUCCAGCAUGGGGACUCAUUUGAUCUUGCCCACCUCCACCACCAUCUUUGGUCUUGUGUUUCACGGGUAUGACCUUCCUUCUUCCCUAUAUAUAUAUACACAACACAAGUAGUGGUAAAAACAUUCUCACAUUUCCCCACCCACGGCUACAUUUAUUUAGGUGAGGAGGGUGAAUGAACCAACUCACUCUUUGGAGAUAGGGGGGUUUACUAUAGAUUAGGUGGAAAAUUUAGUGAUUCCCAUGAAGCAAGAAAGAGGGAGGUUUGAUUGUUAAUGAAUAUGGGAGGGUAUACUUCUUACUGCAAUUAAUACAGUCAAAAAGUGCUAUUUUUUCUAUGUAUAUGUGUUUUGGUGACUUACAAGAGUCGAAUCGUAAGUUUCAAAACGCGAUUUUGACUACAUUAGAUAGGAAAAGUGUGAUUCUACAGUGAAAAUUUUGGUAACUUAGAAACAUAAACGAGUAAACAUCCAACUUUUAAAGCGUAAUUUUGACUAAUGCAACCAUCUAAUUUAAUGUGAUUGCUAUAUGGAGCACAUGUUGCAAGAGUACUAUUUCACAUAUACAUGAUAAUUUUUGGAAUGAUUAUGGAUGUUUAGCUUACUUAAGCUUUAGGAUUGAAAUGUUACUCUUGGUCCCUUACCUGUUAUUAGGUGGGAAAUCUAGUGAUUCGCAUGAAGCAAGAAAGAGAGAGAUGAGUUGAUAUGGAAGCGAGGCUUGAUUGUUAAUGAAUAUGGGAGUGUGUAGUACUUACUGCGACCAUCUAAUUUGAAUCGAUCAUAGUAAAUUUUUUAUUCAACAUGUUGCAAGAGUAGUAUUUUUCAUAUACGCGAUAGAUAGGUUUCGGAAUGAUUAUAGAUGUUUAGCUUACUUAAGCUUCAGGAUUAAUGCUACUUUUGGUCCCUUAGCUACUAUUAGCCCCUCGACUUUAGGAUUAGGAUAAAGUGUUUUCGGGUGAGUAUGAUUUAGGAAAUGUCAUGCCAACAUGAUCCGGUAUAACUGAUAGGGGUCUCGCAUUCAUUUUCUAACUAUAUUUUUCUGAACUAAUACAAAUACAUUUCAAACAGUAUAUUAAUUAAGAAGACAAACAAAAUCAACUUACAGGCAGGCGGCCAACCACGCCCUAGAAAAAAGUAGAAGAGGGGUUUGAUUAACUAUUGGUUCUUAAUUAAUUAUGUUUGGGGAUUUGGGGGAUGGAUGAAGAAGACGUGGCAGCGCGCAAACGCGUUUGCUAGCGGAGGGAAAGGAAGACUAGACAGGGAGAGAGCAAAGCAAAACGUGUUUUGGUUAAGCCGAGCCGAGGGAUUCUUUUGUAGGGAAGGGAAAGGAACUGUUUGGGGUUAGGUCGCGAACAAAAGAAUGGCUGCCGUCUUCCUCCUUUCCUUUUCUCCAUUACAAUUAUCCAAUUGCUCUACAAGACAGGGAGAGGUCUGGAAUGGAGGCAAGGGGGAAAAGACAAAGCAGUCAACCCAGUCCCCAUACCUAAUAUUAGCCACUAGGAUAACAAUGAUUGAAGCUGAUUUUCAUAUAUAUCAUUCUCAAAUCACGGCUUUAAAAUGAGAAUCAUUCUUGUAACUCGUAACAAAAAAUGCUUGGGAUGUUAUAUGUCAUAUCAAAACUAACCAAUAUGUGGUUCGGGAAAAAAAACUACCUGCACCAUCCUUGAAAAAUCAUGUGUAAAGUUUUUUUAUUAAUCUAAAUUUUUUCUUCGAAUGUCGAUGUAAAAUGAAGUUUCUUUGUCACAUUGUUUGUAAGACUGAGAGAAAAUGAAAAAGAUUUGAGUUCUAAGAGAUAAUUAUUAUGAUUAGGGAUAUGGAUGAACCAAGUGUUAAAGACUUAAAGUGAACGAGUCUUAAACAUAGUUAUAAUACAUAUUUGGGUGAGUUCGGUGCAGAUACUUAAAAUUCCAAAAUCACACCAAACUCAUUAUCUCUUUGCCGAAUUCAACAAAACUCCACUCAAUUGUAAUAUCGAUUGGGUCUUCCAAACAAAAUAUAUUCGAAAUCGAUUGGAUACCCAAUUUUGUUAUCCGUAAAAGCGCACCAAAUGGGUGGAGCUUACAAAAAUGCUCAUGUUUGCUCCUCUUAACUACCGAGUUGACAUUUCUCGACCUGCAGGCAGGCAGCAACUAGUGGUUGUUGGGCAGUCUCAAACACAAAACAAAAAAUGAUAUUCAUAAUUAGAGUAGUUGUUGUCUACGAUUUCCCCUUCCAUUUCUUGCUUCUGAGAUUAUACAUCAUCAACAAGUCCAAUUCUUAUACUGGUUUGCAUUUGGCCAUGCCUGUUUCCCAAUGAGGAACGGGUAAACCACUUCGAAUUUGGGUGCAUAUCAUACAUUUAAUCACAUAAUGGUUACUUUUAUCAUUCGAUUUUUCAAAAUGAGAUCUUAAUCUUCAAUUGUAACAUGAAAAUUGUUCGUAUAUUAAGCAUUUGUGAACUUGCUCUAUACAAUUUCAAGAAUUCAAUCUAAAGGACCAUUAUAAGAACAAAAUUAUGAUGGAAAAUGUAUGAAUUAGCAGUAAAUUCUAGGCUGUACCUUCAUGAUAAAGAAAUCUUGACAAUUAAAUUUAAAAUUUGGUGAUAAGAGUAUGCACUUAGUCAAAGAUGUAUUGUAAACACACCCCGAGAUUGCGAUGGGGUGGGUUUGUCUAAAUCAUCUGUAUGCUCAUUUUCAAAUAUACAAACACAUACUCGUCGCAUACCCAUGCAGGGAGAGGACUUGAAAUCUCAUCCCCACACCCACGAUUUUUGUGUAUCAGUGGGUCAUACCUGCACCAUAUAUCCAAUAUUACGAUGCCUAGAAUUCAGCAUGCAGACUUUUCGUUAUAACACUAAACAUGCCUAAUAAGUCAUGAAAUUAACAAAGCUACGAUCCUUCAUAUAAUCACGAAUUCCAAACGUUCAAUCUUAAAACAUUCAUUAAUCCAGAAAAUGUGCAAUAUUAUUUAAAUCAUUCAUCUCCAACUCCACGUAUAUACUAAGCAAUAAAUAACUAACAUAAUAUUGUUAACAAGAUAGAAAGAAGUGGAAGAGUGAAGGGUGGGUGGAGGAAAAGAAAUUAGUGUUUGGCUCUAAAACCACGCUUGCCUCAUCUGGUCAUCCCACUCAAAUUUUUUUUGGGUUUUACCCAUACCCGUUUCUUGUCCAAUCAAUGUGGAAAGUUACUUUAUUGACUGAAUCGGGUGCGGUUGAGUACCUAUUGUUUGAGCCUAACUGGGUGUAGGAGUGAGACUCGGGAAGAUGGGUCAAGGAGAGUAAGCAAUAAGAAAAUAACUGUCAACGGAAGAACUGAGGAGAGAAUGAAUGGAGUUAAGAGGGUGAUAUCUUAGAGAGAGAAGUUGAUAAUUCAUAGAGAUAGAGUCUGAAAAAUCUGAUCCCCUCACCCACCGGAGUAAAUGCCGUAUUUAUAGGCUACAUGGUGGUGGGUGAGUUACAUGAUGGCAUGGUUACAUGACUACUGACAUGUCAAAAGCAUAGGCCACAUCCCUACUUAGGAAAAGACCUUUAGCCAUGACUAUACCUAGGACUAUGAUGGUGACUACUCUUUGAGUGACGCGGCGCCGCUUUCAUGGUCUCUUGGUCAAGGUCAACAUCUGACCAAAGCGUCGUCGUUCGGUGUCCGGGCGCAGCCUCCGGGCGCGGUUCUUGCUCGCGUGCCUGACUCUUGCGUGAGCGCCGUUGGGAUGUUUCUUUGGCGUGGUGAGAUCCGAGUCACAUGCCCAACACCUAUGAUGAUGAGUUUGAUUGUCGUCCCUACCUAAAUUUGAUAAUGUCAAUUUAUAUGAUUAAUUGCAAUGUGGGGGAAGGGUAAGAAAAUUUUGCAUUCUUCUUUCAAAGCCAAAAAAAUGAAAACCAUUCUCUUCUUUGUUUGUAUAUCUAGUUCAAAUGACAUUUCCAAGCGUUAGUUGUAAUCCACCAUUAUCAUAAUUAUAUUUUCCUAAUACGUUGAAUGUUUAGCAUCUAAUUCCUCAACAUGACAUUUGUUUAAUCUUGAAAUACCCUCUCAUGCUCACAAAGUAAAAAAUUUCACCUAACCCCAUCCAUCUCAAGCAAGGUUGUCAAACCGGUUUAUGCUAGUGUGCUGGUUUAGCAAGUGGAAUGGUUCGACCAGUGGCACAUACCGGUUUGUGCCGGUGAAUAUUACAAAUAAAAUUAUAAAUACUCAUAUUUAAACAUGACAUUUAAUGCCAAUACCUAAACAUUUAUACUUGAAUCCAACAAAUAACAUCAAUAUUUAACUUUUAUACUCAUAAAAUAAAUAAUAAAAUAAUAUUUAUCAAUUAAAUUUGCUAAAAUAAUGUCAUUUUACUUAGAGAUUCGUAUCUCGAUAAUGCCGAUUAUACCGGUGGUGUCACGCCGAUUUUAUGACCGGUAUCGGUUGAACCUGGUACAACCGGUGGCACGCCGGCCGGCAUGACAACCAUGAUCUCAAGUAAAAUGACCCAUCCACCAAUUUGAUUGGAUUGGAGUACCACUUUUUUGUCAAAUGAUUUUAUUACCAAAUCAAACCUUCACAUUCACACAUCUAAUCUCAUCUAUUUCCUCCACUUUAAUUAAUGUUUUCAAAAAGCCAUAUGAUUAGUGCCCUCCCAAAUUUCUCUCAACCCUUUUGAGUGGUUCCCCACAAACUAAGAAAAGAAAAACAAAUUGUGGCAUUUUGGUAAAAUGGAGUUGAUACCAAAGUCAAUAAUUCAGAGUCUUUGAGCUGGCCAGGUUUAUAAGUCCCCUCCUCUAACCUCAACUAGCCCUUAGCUGGUUUUUCUUUCAACACACCACCAAAGGAAAGAAUAAAAGAAGACACCUCCCAAAAGAAAACUCAUAAAGAAAGCCAAAUCAGAGCAUCUCAAAACAGAACCCAGAGGGGAGAGUUAAAGGAGGAGGCACCAAAGAAGAAGAAGAAGAAGAACCCAUUGGGCUAACAAGAGAGCCCUUUGAGAAAGAAGAAGGGGGGAACAAGGAAGAAGAAGCUGUUUCUCCACUUGGGUUUUGCUAAAGAUUUGUUCUUUUUGAGGUAUAGAAAUGGCCGGCAGCAAUUUGAUUUGUGUCAUCUUCAUGAUGCUGCUGGUUAGCUUGUCUCCGGCGGCCGUUCAGGCGAGCGGCGGUGGUGGUGGAGUGGAAGGCUGGUUACCACUCAGAUCUUCAUCGGAAGGGUUGAUUUCUGAUGUAAUGGCUGCCGAUGGGGAGGAGUUCGCCAUGGAUUCAGAGAUCAGCAGGAGGGUUCUGCAGUCGUCUGGCAGGUACAUAAGCUAUGGAGCUCUCCAGAGAAACACUGUUCCUUGCUCGAGGCGUGGCGCUUCUUACUACAAUUGCCGGGCUGGAGCUCAGGCCAACCCUUACUCCCGUGGCUGCAGCGCCAUUACCAGGUGCAGAAGCUAAAAAGUAAAGAAAGAUUGGAACUUCCUCUUCUUCUUUCUUAUAACCUCUUGUUUGUAAUUUAUUUCUCUCUUUUUUAUAUUUUUGGGUUCUUUUCUUUCUACAUUUUUUUUCUCUUUUUUUGGAUUUGAUUGUCAUACUUGGAGGUGGAUGAACAAGGAAUGAAAGAGAGUGAGAGCUCGUUGGUGAGAUGGCGGUGGAUGGUUAUUAUUGAUGGAAAUAUAUUGUUGUUGUUAUAAUUUUACGGCUUCUCAAUUUGGCUUUUGUAAAAGAUUAUACUGCUUUAUUGCUAUUCUUUGUUCUUCCUUCUGGUUUCUGGAUUUAGCUUUGAUAAAGUUGCAGUCUUGAAGGGAAGAUCCUGUCAUCUUUCUUAUUCUGUCACUGGGGAUUGCAUAGAUUCCUUCUUUUGUUCCUUUGGAUAGUUGGAUUAGGGAUAUGAUUUGAGGUCUCCAAAUUGCGUUGUUUACUUCUCAAAUUGCCUUCUCCUACCCUCGAUCUUUAGAUUAGGGAUUCAGUAGUUCCUCCCAAUUGGUUCUAUGUUCUUGUCAAUUGCCGUCCCCUUUUGCUAACCUUCACCUAAGGAUUGAUUUAUGUCCUCAAUUGGUUCUAAUGUGCUUGUCAAUUGUCUUUAAACUUGGGAUUCAUUAGUUCUCCAAGUAGUCUGUUGAUGAAAGAAUUCUCUGAGAAAGUUCAACACUUUUAGAGGAGGAAGGUUGGGUCUCUGUUUGGUUGUUGCCCUUGGCCUCAGUUUUUUCAAGUUAAAGUCUGUUGGAAGGGGGGAAAGCAAUUCCUAGAUUCCACCACCUUCUCCUUUCUUGCCCACUUUUAGGGUUCAGUGGAAUUCCAAAUCAGAAAUCUGAAAUUGUGAGUGGUUUCUGGGUUCCAAGAUACAUCCACUUCAUGUUCUUCCAUCAAAAGGUGGACUGAACAAAAGAUUUGGCAGCAGAUUGAUUGAGUGGUAGAGAAUAAAGUCAGGCAUGGGAAGGAAAAGGAAGGAAAAGAAAGCUGGCUGCUGCUGACCUGGCAAAAGUUGGUAUCGUUCUGGCCAGUUGUUCUUUUGGCUAACAAUAUAGGCAUAUGUUGUUU